AUGAUAAGUGGAGAUAAACGGGUUCCAACACUAAAAGAUACGUAUUCACUUCCCCGCCCUCUUCCUCAAUGGCCUUCUUCUCCUCAAGCAGCAGCAGCAGGAGGUCAAAAAGGUGGUUUCGCAACUGGAAUAAUAAACAUCGGAGAAUUAGAGAUUGCCAUGGUUAAAAAGUUUGAAGGUAUAUGUUCUAUCUUCCCACCUGGUAUUUGGACUAACAGUGGUAUGUCAUUUUUUAAACCCGUGUCUGUACCCGAUGGCUUCCACAUCUUUGGUCACUUUUCUCAGCCAUUAGAUCAAAAACAACUUUCAACCGGCUACCUUCUUGUUGCCCGAGAGGCUGCUUCCAGAAAGACCUCUAAUGAUCCUCCUCUAAGCUUUCCAGUGACUUUUGGUUAUUGCUGGAGUACCUCGUCUUGUUACUUGUGGAAGCCAUGCCCUCCUUGUGGUUAUCAAGCUAUGGGAUACGUAGUUACCACUUCUGCAGAUAGGCCUCCACGUGAUACUGUUGUUUGUGUUCGAGACGAUCUUGUUUUACCUUUAGAAAUUGAGGAUUAUGAGCCGUUUGAUUUUGCCAGCGGCAAAGUUUCUGUUAUGAGCUCUGUUAUAGGUGCUAAUAUCGGACAUAUUUUUGCCAAUGAUAAGGUGCUCACUGUCCGUUGCUUGAGAAAUUUGAACCACACGAAUGUUUUUGAAGCAAUGCCAAACCUAGAGCAAGUGGAGGCGCUAAUUAAGCAUUACGGGCCCACGGUUUACUUCCAUCCAGAUGAGGUUUACUUACCAUCAUCUGUGCCCUGGUUUAUCAACAAAGGAUACUCACUCGAUUCACAAACGGGCGGUGACUUUUGCUUCGACGAUGACGUCAUGCGUGGUGCUAAUCUUGAAGACGCGAAGCUUUAUGCUUAUGUUAAACCAGCUUUAGGUGGUAUUUUUACCGACAUUGAUAUGUGGAUCUUUUUCCCCGCUCAAGGACUCGAAAGAUUUACAGCACUGAUGUUAUUUAACGCCGAGCUUCGUAAGAUAGAUCAACAUGUGGGUCAUUGGGAGCAUUUCACGCUCCGGAUAAACAACUUUGACGGUCAACUCUGGCGGGUGUAUUUCUCAGGGCAUAAUGGCAGCGGGGAAUGGGUUGACGUUGGUAAUUUGGAGUAUACCCAGGGAACAAACAAACCGAUUGUUUAUUCAUCCAAAUCGUGUCAUAAAACUUUCCCGAACGCUGGGAAACACAUCCAAGGGUACACGAAGCUUGGGAUAGGGAUAGGAAUGGAGUUAGAUGCUGAAAAAAGUGACCGGUUUAUAGAUUCAAGCAAAAAGUAUCAGAUUAUUGCGGCUGGAUAUCUCGGUGGUGUUGUGGCAGAACCAGAGUGGUUGAAGAAUAUGCAGGAAUGCAGGCCGGAGAGGGUCUUUUAUAGCGGGCGAGCUAAGCUGGAAAAGAUAAUAGAAAAGAUGCCGCGUUUCAUCCAGCCGUUGAUUCAUCGCUUACCACUAGAGCUUUAUGAUGAGGUGCGGCACCCGCGGCCCACACAGCCGACGGAACCUGGUAUGGGGAUGAAAGAUGGCAAUCUCUACAUUUGCAUAGAUGGUAGCGUUUAUAGUCUAUAG